AUGGCCUUCUUCGUCGGCGGUAUCAUCUCCGAGAUUGUCCAGGGCUUGCUUCCGACCUUUCAAUGGGGCGACAUUGCAGCCAACCUCCUCGGCGCCACGCUCUUCACGUACAUUGCGCAUCUCAUGUCCGUCCGUGCUCGUCGCCGCUCAGAGAUCAGGGAACUGUACCAGCCCCUCCAAGCGUCCUCUUACCGAGACGCUCAGGGCCGCGUGCAUCUCUUCGACCGGGACGUGGAGGCAGGCGAGGGCGGGUUCUCAGACGACGAAGCCGGUGGCGCGAGGGGAGGCGUGUGGGACGACACCGUGUCUGAGCACGAGCUCAGGUUGAGUGGAGACAACACUGCGGCGGCCUUCGCCCUGGGAGAUGAGGACGAGGAGGACGAGCCACCAAGGAAGAAGAGUCCGGCGCUGGGGCUGCAGUUGGAGUAG